AACAAAUGUACAAUCUUGAUUUACAUGUUAGUUGCAUGUUUAGCAACAAUGAAUUUUAAAGCUAUGCAAAAAAGUACUUUUUACUGUAUAAAAAAAUUAGGUUCUAGGUUCAGAUCAUCAUAAACUGAUUUUUCUACUACAUGAAUGGGCAUUGGAAAGUCACACAGGAUGCUGAACUGUUUCUUCAUGUGAGAUUAUCCCACAUGUUGUAAGACUUUGAACUUCCCUGGCCCCCACCCACCAAAUGCCAGAGGUGCCAUCGAUGGCUGUGCCACCCGAAAGAAAGCUCACGUUUCCAAAACAUCCCCUUCAGAAGUUGUACUGGCUUAUCUGGGAGCACGUUACAAGUGCUUGUACAGGCAAUUAACUUAUAUACUUCAUGCCACAGUCUGUGAGAAACAUCCUAAAAUGAUAGAUACAAAAUAAAUCCUAUAAAACCCUAUGAAGGGUUCAGGUUUUUGAGUAGCUACUACCCUAAAAAGAGUUCAGAGAAGCAAUUCUUGCUGAUCUAUGUACUCCUUUAGAGGUGGACAACUCCUAAGUUAGUCUUCAAUGCGUAGGAUAUACACUGUUGGUGAACAUUCACUCACUCAGCAGUCUUCUGGGUCUAAAGAAUUCGCUCAAAAUUACUUUAUUUAAUGAAGCUAAUGUAGAAGCCAUUAGGAACAGAAAAGACUGUUUAAGUGUUCCUAUAGAAGUUUAAUAGACGUCUGAUACGAAGGGUAACUAUUUUUAAAAUGCUUUGUUGCUUUUUAAGUUACUGCCCAGGGCUGACUUCAGGUAAUGCUCGGAAAAGAAAAUUAGAAAAUUUUCAUGUUUACUUUAGUAAGCCCUUAUUUAAAAAAUAUUUAAAGGAAAAAUAUUACUGAUUGGAUAUAAGGAAAAUUAGAAUUAAAGUACAAAUAGUUUUAAAAUUUUGAGCUGCUUUAUAUUGAACAUGUGAGUGAUACAUGAGAAAUACUUGCAUGGAAGUUCCUACUCUGCCAUUUUUACAUCAUUCCAUUUCUGUUAGGUUUUAUUCAAUGAAGUACAUCUUACAGAAAAAGUAUCUUCUCUGCAUGUUGAUACUCUGAUACUCUAGAGCCAAAAUACCUGGACUUGAAUCCUAGUGCUACCAUUUAUUUGUGUGACCGUGAGCAAGUUAUUUCACCUCUCCAUACCUGAGUUUCCUCAUGUACAAUAUCUACCUUACCAGAUCAUUUUGAGCACUGAAGACUAAAUGGGUUAUUAAUACGUAUGUAAAACUGAGAAUGAUUCCCAGUACAUGGUUCUGUCGGACUGUCACUGUAUCCCUAAGGACCCCGAGAAAGGGCAUCUCCUCCUCUGGAGAGAUUCUCAGACUGACGUUUCACUACUCGGAAAUGUGGACCCGGGAUGACACGUCAAGAACAAAGGAAGUACCAGCAUCUCUUGGCCCCCACAUUCCCACCCGCAGACCAGAGGCCUCCCUGCGAAUCCCGCGCGAGUUACUGCACCUGGGAACCCAAACCAGCCAGCGGGCGGCCGGACCUGGCCGAGUCCCCCGCAGCCCUCCACCCUGCCUUUCCUUUCCCUGUGCUCAGCCAUGGUGGACAUGGGGGGCCUGGACAACCUGAUGGCCAACACGGCCUACCUGCAGGCCCGGAAGCCGUGGGAGGGAGACAGCCGGGAGCUGCAGCGGCGGCGCCGGAGCCUGGCCCUGCCCGGGCCGCAGAGCUGCGCCCCGCUCCGCCAGGCGCUGCCCCCUGACUUCCACAGCCUGUGCGAGCAGCAGCCCGUCGGCCGCCGCCUCUUUCGGGACUUCCUGGCCACGGCGCCCCGGUACCGAGAGGCCAUGGCCUUCGUGGAGCAGGUGCAGAGCUGGGAGCUGGCGGAGGGCCCGGCCAAGGGCGGCAGGCUGCAGGCGCUGGUGGCCGCUGCUGGCGGCCCUGCCCCCGGGCACCCACCCGCCUUCCUCAGCCCGGCUCUGAGCGCCAGGUGCCUGGCGGCCACUACUGAAGACGAGCGGGCAGCCCUGGUGGCGCUGGCCCGGGCGGAGGCCAUGGCCUUCCUGCAGGGCCAGCCCUUCAGGGACUUCCUGGCCAGCCCCUUCUACGACCAGUUUCUGCGCUGGAAGGUCUUUGAGAUGCAGCCCGUGUCGGACAAGUACUUCACCGAGUUCCGCGUGCUGGGGAAAGGCGGCUUCGGGGAGGUAUGUGCUGUCCAGGUGAAAAACACUGGUAAGAUGUAUGCCUGUAAGAAGCUGGACAAGAAGCGGCUGAAGAAGAAACACGGUGAGAACAUGGCUCUCUUGGAAAAGGAGAUCUUGGAGAGGAUCAGCAGCCCUUUCGUUGUCGCUCUGGCCUAUGCCUUCGAGAGCAAGUCCCACCUCUGCCUGGUCAUGAGCCUGAUGAACGGGGGAGACCUCAAGUUCCACAUCUACAGCGUGGGCACCCGCGGCCUGGCCAUGAGCAGGGUGGUCUUCUACGCGGCCCAGAUGACCUGUGGGGUGCUGCACCUGCACUCCCUGGGCAUCGUCUACCGGGACCUGAAGCCUGAGAACGUGCUCCUGGACGACGCCGGCAAUUGCAGGCUGUCCGACCUGGGGCUGGCCGUGCGGAUCCAGGAUGGCAGGCCUGUCACCCAGAAGGCUGGAACCAAUGGUUAUAUGGCGCCUGAAAUCCUAAUGGAGAAAGUGAGUUACUCCUACCCCGUGGACUGGUUUGCAAUGGGAUGCAGCAUUUAUGAAAUGGUUGCUGGAAGAACACCAUUCAAAGAUUACAAGGAAAAAGUCAGUAAAGAGGACUUAAAGCAAAGAACCCUGGAAGAGGAGGUCAGAUUCCAACAUGAUAACUUCACAGAGGAAGCCACAGACAUUUGCAGACUCUUCUUGGCUAAGAACCCAGAGCAACGCUUAGGCAGCAGAGAAAAGUCAGAUGAUCCCAGGAAACACCCUUUCUUCAACACCAUCAACUUCCCUCGGCUGGAAGCAGGCCUCGUUGAACCCCCCUACGUGCCAGACCCUUCGGUGGUUUAUGCCAAAGACAUCGACGACAUUGAAGAUUUCUCUGAGGUUCGGGGUAUCGAGUUUGAUGAUAAAGAUAAGAAGUUCUUCCAGAGAUUUGCAACAGGUGCCGUCCCCAAAGCGUGGCAGGAAGAGAUCAUAGAAACGGGACUGUUUGAAGAAUUGAACGAUCCCAACAGACUUGCAGGUUGUGGGGAGGGUAAUUCGUCCAAGUCUGCUGUGUGUUUGUUAUUAUAAGCUGUUCUCUCUACCAGUCAGGCAGCAGGAGUCUCAGCUGACCUAAUCCUCGAAUGUUCCUGUGAACCUAAAAAUAAAAAUAAAAAAAGGCCUUUCAAGAGGAGAGGCAACACGCA